AUGGCCCAACCCAACAACAACAACAACAGCACCACCAGCAACCCAGGCUCAUACCUCCAGCUGAUCAACGAACUCGAACGCGAGAUCAUCAGAUCAGCACCAACAGACCUCCUCCAGUUCUGCUCAUCCUGGUUCCAGUUCAAGCUAGAACAAGAACGAACCCAAAUCAGACAGCAGCUCAGCCAGCUCAACUCAGUCUACCAACAGCAACAACAGCAUCAACAACAGCACCAACAGCAACCAGCUUACCACUCAACCUACCCAGCAAACCAUCCAUCAUACUACCACCAACAACAACAACAACAACAACAGCAGCAGCAGCAGCAACAGCAACAGCAACAACAACCGAACAACAUCUACUACUCCUUCAACCAACCACCCCCCAACAACUUCCCAACGGCCACCAACACAUUCCAACAACCUCAACCACUCGAAAAUAACAGCAGCUACUCAUUCAGCCCAGCCACCGCCCAGCUCCAGCCCCGACAAGCCACCCCACUCGCACCCACCGCAGCAGCAGCCUACACCACCUCACCCGCCACCGCCAUCCCCAUCAGCCACCCACAACCACACCCCCCGAUCAACAGCAACCACCACCACUACCAACCCAUCUCGCCCAGCCAAUCCCUCCGAUCACCUGCACCCACCUACCACUCAUCCCCCGGGCCAUUAACCGCCUACAGUCUCUCAGCAGCAAACAACAUCAACAGCAACAACAGCCGAUCACUGCCAGCCAGUCAAUCAGCCCCACCUCCGCCCGCAAUCGUCCAAGAAGGCUCCGACGACGACAGCAGCUCGGACGACUCGAGCCAUGUGCCCCUCGUCCCCGCCGGCUACAACUUCGGCCGAAGAGUCUCGGUCUCUGCCGAAUCCCUCUCGCCCCUGAACCGCGACGACGGCCCGAUGGCGCCCAAGAAGGUGGUCCCCAAGACCCACAGCCAGCGCCAACGGAUCGAAAACUCGAUCAAAGACAACCUGCUCUUCCGCACGCUCGACGAGGAGCAGCACGACGACGUGGUGAAUGCCAUGGAAGAGCUCACCGUCACCCAGGGCACCGAGGUGAUCGUCCAGGGCGCCGUCGGCGACUUCUUCUACGUCGUCGAGGAGGGCACCUUCGAUGUCUACAUCCGCGGCCCCCGAACCUACACCUACGUCCCCGCCCCCUCCAACGAGUCCCAGGGGACACUCAUGAACCUCACCCCCGGCGCCGGAGAAGCUAGCAACCCGGGCCCAGGCGGCUUCCCCAGACUUACCAACGGCGCAUCCCCCUCGCCGGAGAACGGGGCCGGGUCGAUCCAACGCGGCGGAACGCCCUUUGGUGGAUCGGCCACCAACGGGACCACCGUCAGCCACCAAGGCCCGAGCAAGAAAGUCAACCACUACGGCCCUGGCGGGGCGUUUGGUGAGCUAGCCCUGAUGCACAACGCCCCGCGGGCCGCGACAGUGGUGGCCACCUCGCCGACGGCCACCUUAUGGGCCCUCGACCGGAUCACCUUCCGCUCCAUCCUCAUCAACCACACCGCACGCAAACGCAAGAUGUACGAAAACUUCCUCUCCGAGGUGCCCAUCUUCGUCUCCCUCUCAGCCACAGAGAUCUCCAAGAUCGCAGACUCCCUCGAGGACCGCUCGUUCCCCGAAGGCGUCGACGUCAUCCGCGAGGGCGAGCUCGGCAGAGAGUUCUUCAUCAUCGAGGCCGGCAGGGCUGAGGUCUAUAAGAAGCGCGCUACUGCUACUCAUCAUCUUCGCAACUCCAUCAAUCAGACCGACGCGGUCGAGGAAGAGCUCGUUGGGAUCCUGGGCAAGGGCGAUCAUUUCGGAGAACUGGCGUUACUGAACUCGGCCCCAAGAGCGGCGACGGUGCGGGUGGCGAAAGGCACGGGCCGUCUGCGCGUUGCGGCCUUGGGCGAGAAAGCGUUCACGCGUCUGUUGGGCCCCGUGAUCGACAUUCUGUCGCGGCACGCGGCGUCGCACUACGGCCCUGCGGAAGUAUCGAGCGGCUCGGGCGUGUCGGGAGGCCCCGAGCCUAUGGCGAGCGGCUCGAGUGGCCCCGACGGCUCUCCGGCCGCCCACGACCGCCAAUCGCCCCGCUCCGCCCCGCUCCCGCCCUCGUCUGCGUCCACCUCCUCGAACGCGAACACCGUCGUCCAUUCGUCCCCCGGCCUCGGCCGCGGAAACGGGCCUGCUAACGGCUUCGCCCACUGGAACGGCCUCAGUGGACGCGUCACGCCGGCCGACGAGGCCUAG